AUGCCGGAAAAAAGUGAUUUGCAGCAGCAGCAAUCGGCGGCGUCUGGAGCUAGUUCUGCACUUGGGCAGUCUACUCUGGAUUCUACCACACCGCUAAGCAAGAAGCAGAAGAAGAAGCUAAGGUUGACUGAAAAGUUGGCCACCAUGGAAAACAUCCAACGACUCGUCCGUGUCCGCGGCGCGGCCAAAAGUAAGCUCACGCGUAUCCUUAAUACUAUUCGCCCAAAUGAAGAGGAGGUGGUCCAGCUGACGGAAGCUGAGAUCAAAGUCUACAUGGCGAAGGUGGAAGCAGCCCAUAAGGACUACGAAGAUGCUCACAAUCAAAUCGUGAACGAAGUGUCGGAUGAUGACUACGAACAGCAUGAGCAGCUGUACGAGGAGUUCGAUAUCCUUCACGACACCGUUUCAAUUCUGUUGGAGGAUCAGCUCAACAAGGUCAGAGCCACCGCGGCAGCCGCAGCUGCUGCCACGACUGCGGCGCAACAAGUUCAGCAAGCACCGGUUGUCAUCCAUCAACCACUUCGCAUGCCGGUUCCCACUUUCGACGGUCGGUAUGAGAGCUGGCCAAAGUUCAAGGCCAUGUUCAAGGAUCUCGUGGAUAAGGGUCCAGAUCCGCCGGCAGUCAAGCUGUAUCAUCUGGACAAGGCUCUGGUCGGUAGUGCAGCCGGUCUCAUCGAUGCCAAAACGAUCAACGAAGGCAACUACGCCCACGCGUGGCAAAUUCUGGAAGAGAGGUUCGAGAACAAACGUCACGCUAUCGACUCUCAUAUUCAUGGUCUUCUGAAUCUUAAGCGCAUGACGAAGAAGAGCCAUUUGGAGCUGCGGAGUCUGGUCGACGAGUGUAGCAAGCAUGUGGAAGGACUCAAGUUCCUGGAGCGAGAUUUCGAUGGAGUAGGUGAGGAUUUCGUGAUUCAUCUACUGGCGGCAGCAUUGCACAACGACGUGCGCCAUAUGUGGGAGUCCACCAUUAAGCACGGUGAGCUUCCCGAUUACGACGAGAUGCUGACGUUCCUGAAGGAGCAGACCUUCAUCCUGGAGAGGGUUGAAGCCAGCAACCAGAAGUCAUCAUCGAUUCCCAUUAAGUCCGUGUCUGCAUCCAACAAGCCGUCGGCACACGCCAAUCACCAGUGCGCUGAUUUCAAGGCUCUUCCUGUUCCGCAAAGAUUGGUCAAGGUGCGAGAGCGCAACGUGUGCUUUAAUUGCCUACGAAGAGGCCAUCGAAGCGCCGACUGUUCAUCGGACAAAUCCUGCCAAAAGUGUAAGCGUCGGCAUCAUAGUCUCCUUCACGCCGAGGAGAAGCCCAAGCAAGAUGCAGAUCAACCCAGCAAGUUGGCCCCGCCGCCAGUUCCAGAGCAAGAAGGUUCAUCAUCAUCAUCAACGUCGACGACAGCUACGUGUUCCAGCGUGGCCACCCACUCGCAGCAAGUGCUGCUGCUCACGGCGGUAGUGGACGUAAUGGACAAAAACUACCAGCCGCAUCCGUGCCGAGUAUUAUUGGACAGUGGGUCUCAAGUCAAUUUGGUGACGCAGUCCGUGGCAGAUAAGUUGGGCUUGAAGUUGAAUUCGUCGAACGUCACGAUGUUCGGGGUCAACAGUACGAAGACCCAAUCAUCCAACAGUGGCACGGUGCAUCUUUCGUCGAGGUACAGGGAUUUCCAUGCCAAGGUCAAGUGUCUGGUAACUGACAAGGUAACAUCAGAUCUGCCAUCAUCGGUUAUCAAUAUCAGCGCGUUGGAGCUUCCCGCUGGUGUUCAUCUAGCCGAUCCGAACUUUUUCCAUCCGAGCAAGGUGGAUAUGCUUCUGGGUAACGAAUGGUUCCUAAAGUUGUUGCUACCCGGAGAAAUUACUUUCGAUGACAAACUUCCUGUCCUUCGCGAGACCCAAUUUGGUUGGGUUGUUGGUGGAGUCUUCGAAGAAGGUGCGGUAUCUGAUGGAGCAGUUUAUUCGCACACAGUCACGAUGGACGAAUUAAGCCAGUCCAUUCAACGCUUCUGGGAAGUUGAAGAUGUCGCUGAUGUCGUCGAGCGUAGCAGCGAAGAAGAGGAGUGUGAGGAGCACUUCAAAGCGACUCAUCGUAGGGAUGCUUCCGGGCGGUACAUCGUCGAGCUGCCGCUGAAGGAAUCCGUGAGCGAAUUGGGAGAUUCCAGGCCGCUUGCAUUAAGAAGGUUUCACGCGCUGGAGCGAAAGCUUUCGCAACAUCCGGAUCUGAAGAAGCAGUACCAGGAUUUCAUGGACGAGUACGAGAGUCUUGGGCACUGCAAAGGAGUGAACGUUAGUGAAGAUCCAUCAGGUAUCAUCAAGUGGUACUUACCUCAUCAUGCUGUGCUGCGGCCAUCGAAUACUACCACUAAGUGCCGUGUGGUGUUCGAUGCAUCGGCGAAGGUAUCUGGUCGCUCGCUCAACGAUGUAAUGAAGAUUGGCGCCAUCAUUCAAAGCGAUCUGCAGUCCAUCUCUCUUCGAUUCCGUCUCCCGCUCCAUGUGUUGGCUACUGACGUGGCCAAAAUGUACAGACAAGUCUUCGUCGAUCGGCGGCAUACGCCGCUAACUCGUGUGUUCUGGAGGAAAACUCCUUCCGAACCGCUUCGUGUACUAGAGCUGACAAAAGUCACCUAUGGAACGGCUUCCGCCCCGUUUUUGGCAACGCGGGCACUCUUGCAAUUGGCUAUCGACGAAGGCUUCAAGUAUCCUGUGGCUGCUGACAUCGUGAAGAAUAGUUUCUACGUGGACAACGCAUUGUUUGGGUUUGACGACCUGAACGAAGCAAGCGAGGCUCAAGUGCAGUUGAUUGGCCUGCUCAAGGCCGGUGAAUUCCAUCUGCAUAAGUGGGCUUCCAAUAAUCCUACGUUGCUGGAGCGGAUUCCGGAAAGCGAUCGGGACGAGCUGGUCAGCAUCGACGAAAGUGGUUCAAGUGAAGUGAUUAAAACGUUGGGACUAAUGUGGAACCCAACUUUGGACGCUCUGCAGUUCAUCUCCAUUCCAACAGUGUGUGAAAAUAGUGCAACAAAGCGGCAAGUGCUGUCGCUCAUAUCAAGAAUGUUCGACCCCUUGGGUCUUGUGGCGCCGGUCAUCGUUAUCGGUAAACUUUUGAUGAAGAGCAUUUGGAAAGAAGAGUUGAAAUGGGACCAAGAGCUCUCAGGAGAGCUGAAGAAAAAGUGCACAGAGUUCCUGAAUGCGUUAAGAGGUGUUACCAGCCUUCGGAUUCCCCGUCACGUCGUGGUCACUGGAGCCAUUGCCUUCGAGUUGCACGGAUUUGGGGAUGCAACCUUGGAGGCCUACGGUGCCUGUGUGUACAUCAGGUCAAUCGCACCUGGUCAAGCUGCAGUAGUGAGGUUGCUGUGCGCAAAAUCAAAGAUCGUUCCGAAGACAGUGUUGACCAUACCGAGAAAGGAACUUCUAGCAGCGCUUUUGCUGCACCGAUUGGUGAAGAAAGUGCUGGCAGCAUUAGCGCUGCCCUUUCGUGACAUUUCGUUGUGGUCAGACAAUCAAGUGGUGCUAGCUUGGCUAGAGAAGAACCCGGAACAUUUGGAAGUGUUUGUGCGUAACCGGGUAAGUGAGAUUAACUCUACCGGAAAUGAAUUCAAGUGGAACUAUGUAAAUACGCUGGACAAUCCAGCCGAUGUAGUGUCGCGUGGCCAGUCUGCCGACGCUCUUCAGAAAAACGAUCUUUGGUGGAAUGGUCCGUUGUUCCUGCGCAGUGAAGAAUAUCAGGUGGUGGUCCCUGAACCACUAUCCGAUGAAGAUGUUCCUGAGUUGCGGCAGGCCACUGUAGCUUCAGCGGUGGUGACAUUGGAGAAGCUGCCUGUGUUGCACAAGUACGAGUCCUUCAGAAAGCUGCAGCGAGUUCUGGCAUACGUUUUGCGUUUUUGCCGGAAUGCUAAGGAGAAGGCAGUCAACAAAAGAACCACCGAGCGUUUCCCCACCGUGUUGGAAAUGUGCCAAUCGUUGAAGGUCAUCGUCAGGGUAGUUCAAUCACUACACUUUGGUAAGGAGGUAGCCAUUAUGGAGUCCGGUGAGUACUGCAAAAGAUUAAAAGCAUUAAACCCCUUUUUGGAUGAUGGAGUGAUUCGCGUCGGUGGACGACUGCGACAUUCAAGUUUGCCGUACGGGGUGAAGCAUCAGUGGAUCUUACCUAAGAACGAUGAAACCGUCGAACGGUUGAUUCAAGCUGUACAUCGUGAGAAUCUACACAUCGGACCGUCGGCGCUGCUGGCACAGCUCCGCCGGCAAUUAUGGAUCCUAGGAGCUCGUUCUACUGUACGCAAGGUGACCCGAAAUUGCGUGCGGUGUUUCCGGCUCAACCCUCCGUGUGCUAAUCAGUUCAUGGGGGAUCUUCCCAUCGCAAGGUGCGACAAGGCUCCCGCUUUCGUGAAGGUUGGCGUUGACUUUGCGGGACCCAUGCUCAUCAAGCAACGAGGAAGAAAGGCGUCUCCCCUAAAGGGAUAUGUCAGCGUGUUCGUGUGUAUGGUCACCAAGGGCAUACAUCUGGAGGUAGUUGAGGAUCUCUCGGCCGACGCGUUUAUUGCCGCCCUCCAACGGUUCGUCUCUCGCCGUGGUGUCCCUGAGCAGAUAUUCUCAAUUUCAACCGCACGGACAAUAUUCUCCGACAAUGGGACAAACUUUGUCGGUGCUCGCAACGAGCUGAACGAGCUCUAUCGGCUUUUUAAGCAGGAAGCUACCGAGCUCAAGAUUUUCGAGUUCUGCCAAACCAGGCAGAUCGAAUGGAAGAUGAUUCCCCCGAACGCCCCACACAUGGGUGGGAUUUGGGAAGCAGGAGUAAAGAGCGUCAAGACCAUCCUGAAGAAGAAGUGCCAGUCAAGCCUCUUGACGAUGUCCGAGUUUUCGACCUUGCUCUGCCAGAUCGAAGCUCAGCUCAAUUCUCGGCCUUUGUACGCUCCGUCUGAGGACCCCUCGGAGCUCAAGCCGUUGACUCCCGGUCAUUUCAUGAUCGAUCGCCCUCUGACUGCCAUUCCGGAGCCCAGUUACGAUGGAAUCCCGGAAAAUCGGCUUUCCAGAUGGCAGUACGUCCAGCGCCUGCGUCAAGAGUUCUGGAAGCGCUGGUCCGAGGAGUACCUGCUGGAGUUACAGGUACGACAGAAGUGGAAUAAGAAGAAGGAGAACAUUCUACCUGGUACGGUAGUGGUUAUCAAGGAUGACAACUUACCGCCCCAACAAUGGAAGCUGGGUAAAAUCGAAGCAGCCUACACUGGAGCAGAUGGAUUGGUCCGUGUGGUGGACGUUCGAACCAAGGCCGGUAUUCUGAAGCGUCCGAUCCACAAACUGGCCCCUCUACCUAUACUGGACAACCGUGUGGCCAACGAGAACAAGGGUCCCGCGGGGGAGGAUCCGCAGCCUGCUGAGGUGCGCGAUUCCAGCAGCACACAGCUGCGCGAAAGACAACAUGUGAUGCAAGCAACCGCAACCGCCCGAAAGGAUCACGCGAAGGAAGAGUGGGCGCAAAAGGAGGAAAAUUCCUAUCCUCAGGCAAAUUUUAUUGAUCGCCGUACGUCCGACGUGUUAAGACGUGUGUCGUCGCAGUAA